AUGGAUGACAACCAACCAUCAAUAUCCUACCCCCGCACCCUACAUAGUUACCAAUCAACCAUGUCUACCCAAAUUCAAAAUGGUUCUUCUCAUCAUGGCUCCUCCUCCUCAUCGUCAUCACAGCACCCUCCCUCCAAUCAGCAACCACUAAGCCGUUAUGAGUCACAAAAACGGCGAGACUGGAACACCUUCGGGCAGUACCUGAAGAAUCAGAGUCCCCCAGUUCCUCUCUCCCAGUGCAACUUCAACCAUGUGUUGGAUUUCCUUCGGUACCUUGAUCAAUUUGGGAAGACCAAGGUCCACUUGCACGGUUGCAUCUUCUUUGGCCAACCAACUCCUCCUGCACCCUGUGCCUGCCCUCUUAGGCAGGCAUGGGGCAGCCUCGAUGCCCUCAUCGGCCGCCUUCGUGCGGCCUACGAGGAGCAUGGCGGCUCGCCGGAGACUAAUCCCUUUGGAGGCGGAGCUAUUCGGGUGUACCUUCGUGAGGUAAAGGAGUGUCAAGCAAAGGCUAGAGGGAUCCCAUAUAAGAAGAAGAAGAAGAAGAAGCGGAAUACAAUUCUUAAGGGGACUCAAAGUGCAAAAGAUAUCGAGCAACAAGCUUCUUGA